AACCCAGAAGUGAAACUAUCUGCUGCGGAAUGUAAACGCACGUGCGAGUUUGAAGACCUUUGGUUAUUCUUUAAAUUACCCUUAAAUCACCUGAUUAAUCAGCAUUGUUUUGAAAGGAUAAAGCGAACGCGGCCUACUUUGGAAAAGUAGCUGUUUUCGUGUGUGUAUCAGUCAUCAGUUCUUUUUUUGGUGAUCACCGAUAGUUUAACAGACAAGAAAUGAUAUCUGAAAGUGAAGCAUCAGACAGUGAUGGUCCUGAUAACUCACCGGAAAGUUCAAGACAAGCCCCUUUAAGGUUUGAGUGUCCAGUGAACUUCAGCCGAGUGACCACAAGUGUAGAGAAACAGAGUGGACAGGACCUGCUCACGUCUGACUGUCUGCACUCAUCAGACCAGGAACUGUGGGUCAUCAGGGCACCUAAAGAUUUUGACCCAAGAUGUUUGUCAGGACAGAAGGUGAAACUCCACAAAAGCACAACUGUGGAAACUGAGACUGGUUCCAAAUAUGAUUUGCAGGUGACAAAAAACACCCAGCACUUACAGCAAGAAGGUCUGAGUCUUUUAUUGCCCAAUGAACAGGAUGGAAGACUUGCCACAGUGCCACUCAUGCAUGGGGAGAUCAACAUCAUGCAGUCAGUGGCUGUUCCAUCCGUCACCAUCCCUCCCCCUGCUGCACCACUCAACACCCAGCUGCCCGAGGGUCUCAGACCGAGGUUCAAACCAUUCGGUUGGAGAGAACCCAAGCCAGUCAAUAGACACACCUUUGCACAGAGAAGAGAUUCUGUUCAUUCUGAGAAGAAGAAGAAAAAGAAAAGAAAACAUGACAUUGAGGCAGAUAUAGAAGAAGUUGAUUCUUCCAAAAAGAGGAAGACAGAAGAUGUAGAGACUGACAGACUUGUUGCAGACUCAAAUACCUCAACAGAGCUGGAAGACAGAGUGCACAAGAAGAAGAAAAAGAAGAAAGAAAAAAGUGAAGAAGAGGCAACAGAAGCUGCAAUAGAAGACAUCUCUGAAACUCCUGAUUCAAAGAAGAAGAAGAAAAAGAAGAAAGACAAACACAGGGAAAGCAGCGGGGAUGAUGAGCAGAUUAUGAUUGCUCAGGAAGUUGAAGAUUCUGAAGAAACCACAGUGUCCAAAAAGAAGAAGAAGAAAAAGAAGAAGAAAGAAGAGAAAGAUGACUAAAGAGACCAAUGAACUUGUGUACAAAUAACAAUGUUAUACUUUUAUACAAAAGUAACUGAUUAAAGAUCCAACCUCCAAACCACAGAAAGAUGGCAAGAAUGAACUGAACUAUGAGAGUUAGCAGGGAUUUUGUAAUACAACACAUUGUACCAGAUAUGUGAAUACCACAUAGAAUACAUGUAUGUAAUGUCAAGUAUUCUCUGCUUGGUAGAAUAUGGAAUGGACUUUUAAACCAGCAAUGCAGUUGUUUGUAAGGUUCAUGUAGUCUUAACUUUUGUAAGUAUUAAAAGUUGGCUUACUUUCAAAAGGAAAGUAUCUGGUCAAUUACAUAUUAAGCAUCACAUGUUUGUCUUCCAUAUACAGAAAAAUGUUUACAUGUAAUUUAAUGGUAUAAAUACAUUAGCAUUCCCAUGUGUAUAUGAUCAGUACCCUAUCGAAAGUAGGCUGUUUCAGGGUGGAAGUAGAAUUAAUUGUUUUAAAAGUUAAGGAAGAAACUGUAUUACACGAAAACGUUAUAUUACAUGCAAAGAUAUUUACAGAGUU